AUGAGCGUCCAUAGGAAAGACUCUAACUCUGAGAUUAUCCUCAACUAUGGAAGCAACCACCCCGCAGCUCACAAAAGAAGCUGCGUCCGAACUCUGUUCCACCGGGCCUACCGUUAUUGUAACAACAACGAUCUCCUGAACAAAGAGCUUGCUCACCUGUAUCGGUUAUUCCGCUCUAACGGAUAUCCGAUCAGUUUUGUUAAGAACUGUCUCAGGCACCAGACACAGUCGCAAGACCCCACCGCCAACGGAGAGAUUGUUAUGCGAAAAUUCUACUCCUUGCCAUAUAUGCGUGGAACUUCCGAAAUAAUCGCUCGGCAGCUCAGUCGCCUGGGUAUUCGCGUUGCCCACAAACCGGCAUCUUCACUACGCGCAGCAAUAUCUCGAGUGAAGGACCCCCUCCCCAAAGAGCAACAAACGAAUGUAAUUUAUCGCAUCCCGUGUGCUAAUUGCUCUUGCGUGUAUGUUGGCCAUACAGGUCGAUGCCUGGGCACCCGUAUCAACGAACACAAACUAGCUAUCCGUCGGCGAGACCCCCUGUCCCUCGUCUUUGCCCAUGCACUCGAGUACGACCACCGAUUCAAUUGGGAUGGCACUGAGGUCGUCGCCAUGGCUAACACAAAGCGAGCGAGGGAAUUUCUCGAGGCUUGGUACUCCGAUGCGGGUAGUAUCAACCGCCACGUUGAUUUAGAUGCCCAUUACGAGGGUCUACGUUCACGAAUGACUGCCCCCUGCCCUAAUCACGCAUCAACGACCGCGAAUACAGCCGCCCGCAUUCCAACUGAUUCACCACCCGCCUUCCCCCUCCAGCACGGCGUGCCGUAA